AUGGCAUCUCAAGAAUCAAUCAAUCAUACCGAUGCCAGCGCUGACAACCGGAAUGGCAAGGUGGCUUAUGAAAUUCCAAAGUUGAUCCCUGGCCCUCGAAGGAAGCCUUCUCAGAAAUCCGGUCCAUCAGAUCCUACUCCACAGACACCUACCUUACCUCCUCCUCCGUCGAUCGAGUCUGUACAUUUCACCACGCCUGUCAAGCGAAUCCUGUCACCCGCCGACCAUGAGAAGUUCCUCGCCUCACCAACAUACGUGCUGAUAAAGGCAUGGAUCUUUACGCUUGCGGACUCUGUCCGCGGUCGUCGAAUUUCGUCGCUGGACGCUCGAGACCUGUCGACCACCAUCAAGAAACUUGAUUCCGUUCUCGACUUCCUGGAAGGAAUGCUAAAUCAAUAUCCUCCUCUCGACACAGGAUCGAGGUUUGGCAAUCCGGUCUUCCGCAGUUUGCACAAAGCUAUUGUAAGAGAUGUGGACAAGAUACACAAGGAGGUACUGGGGCUGCACAAUGAGGAUGCCAUCAAAGAGAUAUCUGUCUAUUUGAUCAAUUCCUUUGGAUCUGAGGAGCGGCUUGAUUACGGGUCUGGCCACGAGCUGAAUUUUAUGAUGUGGUUGCUGUGUCUAUACCAACUGAAGCAUAUCGAACGAGAAGACUUUCCUGCAGUGGUAAUGCACACCUUUGUCCGAUACCUCAACCUCAUGCGCAAGAUUCAGAGCACAUACUACCUGGAACCUGCAGGGAGCCAUGGAGUCUGGGGCCUUGACGACUACCAGUUCUUGCCCUUUUUGUUCGGGGCAAGUCAGCUCAUCGGGCAUGCCUAUAUCACGCCCAGGUCGAUCCACAACAAUGUUGUUCUGGACGAGGAGGGCGACGACUACAUCUACCUCAACCAGGUCCGAUGGGUGGAUAGUGUCAAGACGGUCAAGGGACUGCGUUGGCAUAGCCCCAUGCUAGACGACAUCUCGGGCGCAAAGAGCUGGCAGAAGGUGGAAGACGGCAUGAGGAAGAUGUUUGUCAAGGAAGUCCUGGGCAAGUUGCCCAUCAUGCAGCACUUUCUGUUUGGAGGCCUGAUUCCGGGCACGGAAAACAUGGGCCAAUUGGACGAAGAGACACUGCGGGCCCAGGCCGAGCGAAUGCAGCAUGUGAAGGAAUACGGACACGAGCCUGACUACUGGGGCGACUGCUGUGGUAUCAAAGUACCCAGUACGGUUGCAGCGGGCGAGGAAAUGAGGAAGCGGAUGGGCACGUCGGGCGCGCUCCGCCCAAUACCAUUUGACUGA